UAACUCACUACCUUUGAACCAGCCUCUGUCUGUUUUAAAAGCAACAACAGAAACAUAUUUUAGGGGCUCAUGCUACAGUACUUUGUCAUUAUUGGUCUACUGUUCUUUCCUUUCAAGCUGCCUAAACACAGCUGAGUUCAUGAGGAGCAAAGAAAACGUAACAGUGCUGCCAAGUAGACAGGAAGCUGUAGUGGACCUAGCGAGCAGGGGAGGUUGAGCACACCCUCCAUCCAAUCAGCUGUGAGUGCUGUUGCUAUGUGCGCUCUUACUCUGCUGCCUUUGUGAAAACCUUACACGGAGGGAAGUGGAAUCAGCACCAACGCUGAACAUUUGUUUUAACCGCUGCAGACAUCUGGAUCCCUCAGUUACUGACAGUAUAGCUGUUGACAGCCAGAAGGCAACUUCUUUUUUACAAGGAUUCCAGUAUGGUUUUCAGUGGAAACAAAGGGCUUCACAGAGAAGAUACUCUAGAUGAAUAUUUUGAAUAUGAUGCAGAGGAGUUCUUGGUCUCUUUGGCUUUGCUAAUAACAGAAGGACGAACACCUGAAUGUUCUAUAAAAGGUCGAACGGAAAGUUUCCAUUGCCCUCCAGCACAGUCUUGUUACCCAGUAACUACCAAACAUGAAUGUAGUGACAAGCUGGCCCAGUGUCGCCAAGCCAGACGAACCAGGUCUGAGGUCACUUUGUUGUGGAAGAAUAACCUUCCAAUCAUGGUGGAAGUGAUGUUACUACCAGACUGCUGCUACAGCGAUGAUGGGCCCACCACAGAAGGAAUUGAUCUAAAUGAUCCUGCAAUUAAGCAAGAUGCAUUGUUAUUAGAAAGAUGGACCUUGGAGCCAGUUCCUCGACAGAGUGGUGAUAGAUUUAUUGAGGAGAAGACUCUUCUGUUGGCUGUCCGCUCAUUUGUGUUUUUUUCUCAGUUAAGUGCUUGGCUGAGUGUCUCUCAUGGUGCUAUUCCACGAAAUAUUCUCUACAGAAUCAGUGCUGCUGAUGUAGACCUACAGUGGAAUUUUUCACAGACUCCAAUUGAGCACGUGUUUCCUGUUCCCAAUGUUUCUCACAAUGUGGCCUUGAAAGUCAGCGUUCAGUCCUUGCCCAGACAAUCUAAUUAUCCAGUUUUGACCUGUAGUAUUCACACUAAUAUUGGCCUUUAUGAGAAAAGAAUUCAAGAACAUGAACAUCAAACCCAUCAGGACCGCAAUUCUAAUGAAGCAGAACAAUGUAGUACAAAUAGUUCACAGCGUUUGUGUAGCAAACAAACUUGGACCAUGGCACCCGAGAGUGCAUUACAUACAAAAAAUGGCACAGCUACAGAAUAUACUACAGCCAUCAAAAAUGUCAAACUAUAUCCAGGCACUGGGAGUAAAUCUGACUAUGGGACAUCUCAAGCCAAUAUUCUGAACUUUAGUAGUAUAGGACAUAUAAAGUCACAUGAAACGUCAAUGAGAACUUUAAAAUCAUUUUCAAUGAUUGAUCCCAGUGUCUCUAGCCGCCAGAGUUCCUGGCAGUCAGUUGGUGAGACUAACCCUUUAAUAGGUUCUUUAAUUCAGGAGCGACAAGAAGUUAUUGCAAGAAUCGCCCAGCAUUUGAUUCAUUGUGAUCCAAGCACUUCACAUGUUUCUGGACAUCCAUAUAAUACUCAAGAGUCUAGUUCACUUCAUUCAAAACUUUUCCGAGUUUCACAAGAAAAUGAAAAUGUGAGAAAAUGUAAAGAAACAUUCUCCAUUUCUUUCGGUAGUCCAGAGAUUACUUCCCCAGAAGACUCCAAUGAAGGGAAAAUUCGACUAAAACCAGAAACUUCUCGAAGUGAAACUUGUGUUUCUAAUGGUGUUUAUUCUCGUCAGUCUGUUGGAGAAACUAAUCCUUUGAUAGGGUCUUUACUCCAGGAGCGGCAAGAUGUUAUUGCAAGGAUUGCUCAACACUUGGAGCACAUUGAUCCAACAUCACAUGUCUCCCGGCAGUCAUUCAACAUGCGUGACUCCACUUCGGUCACUUCUAAAGUGUUUAGGAGUUCAUAUGAAGACAAAAAUUUGUUGAAGAAAAAUAAGGAUGAUUCUUCUGUUUCCAUUUCUCAUACAAAAUUUUCCUUGUUGGGAGACAGCAGUGAUGGGGAAAACAUAAUACCUAAUAAAUCUUUUAGUUCUUUAAAAUGCAAUGGUAAAGAAAAAUGUUCUUUGAGACCUCAAAUAAGAAAUCAGUGUCAGAACAAUCCUAGUGAAAUCAUGCAAAGUACAUAUCAAGAGACACAGAACAAAGCUACUAGUUUAUUGACUUCUUCAAAUAUGUCUCAUUGCAAAGAAAAUAACAUAGAUUUGACAAGCAGAUUUAAGGAACAAGAAAUUAGCAAUGGAAUUGAUAAACAGUAUUCAAAAUGCAAUAGUAUUGACAAACAGAUUUGCACAAAUAAGUAUAAGGAAAAAAUAAUGAAGAAUGAGAAUUGUAAUCCAGAAUCCUUUGACAAUCUCCAAUUUGAUAAUUCAAAAAAAAUUGACUCAAAAAUGAAAGUUGCGGUGUUGGAAAUGUCUGAAUAUUUGAACAAAUGUGAAAAUAACUGCUCAAAUAAAGACUCAAAAAAGCCAAAGGCAUGUGAGCAAAAUACUCAACUUAAUAGCAUAGAAAACUAUCUCAAUAAAGAUAAUGAAGGUUUCAAAUGCAAAAAGUCAGUCCAAUUAAAAAGUGAACAGGAUAAGAAAGAAGAUCCAACUGAAGAAAAAUCUCAAAAAUGUUCCCAGAGAAGAAGUAUAAAAGAUUGUUUGUCUAUGUGUGAACGACUAAAAAAUACAGAGGCAUUGCAGAGGACUACAGUGAAACAUUCAAAUGUCUGGCGAAAACAUAAUUUUCACUCCUUGGAUGGAACCUCAACCAGAGCCUUUCAUCCUCGUACUGGAUUGCCACUUCUUUCAAGUCCUGUUCCUCACAGAAAAACACAAUCAGGUUGCUUUGAUCUGGAUUCUUCAUUACUGCAUCUGAAAAGCUUAUCAUCUAGAAGUCCUCGACCAUGUUUAAAAAUUGAAGAUGAUCCAGAUAUUCAUGAAAAACCAUUUUUGAGUUCUAGUGCUCCACCCAUAACAAGUCUUAGUCUCCUAGGAAAUUUUGAGGAAUCUGUCUUGAACUAUCGUUUAGAUCCCCUUGGCAUUGUUGAUGGUUUUACUGCCGAGGUAGGGGCAAGUGGUGUUUUUUGUCCCACACAUUUGACUCUCCCAGUUGAAGUGUCAUUCUACAGUGUUUCAGAUGAUAAUGCUCCCUCUCCUUAUAUGGGUGUGAUUACUUUAGAGUCCCUUGGUAAAAGGGGUUAUCGAGUACCUCCUUCAGGAACAAUACAAGUGACCUUAUUUAAUCCUAAUAAGACCGUGGUGAAGAUGUUUGUUGUGAUAUAUGAUUUACGAAAUAUGCCAGCCAAUCAUCAGACAUUCCUACGACAAAGAACUUUUUCUGUACCUGUUAAACAAGAAAUGAAGAGAAGUGUUAAUAAAGAGAACAUACGACAUACAGAAGAACGGUUAUUACGCUACCUCAUACAUCUGAGGUUCCAGAGUUCUAAAUCUGGAAAGAUCUACCUCCAUAGAGAUGUACGGCUCCUGUUCUCUAGAAAGUCGAUGGAGGUCGAUAGCGGUGCUGCAUAUGAACUCAAAUCUUACACUGAAUCGCCAACAAACCCUCAGUUUUCACCAAGAUGUUGAUAAGGAGUGACAAUUUAAAGUAUUUGCUCAGUACUCAAGUUUGCAAGUAAAAAUUAGCAUAGACUAGAGUGUACCAAAUUAACAAUCAGGAGAGUGGACCCACUCCUGUUAUCCUGGACCAGUUUUUAUUAAAGGAUUCCUGAAAUGAGAUCUGCAUAUUCCAAGUAGACUGGAAACACUCAUGUCCUAAUCCUUUUUGUAUUGUCGAAACCACUUCAUUGGACAUGUUGCAAUAGCAAGCCCCCCUGUUAGAUUAGUGUUUACACAUUUUAUUUCUCAGUUAUUUAAUAUUUAAUGUUUUCCUUAAUACUCAAGUGAUGUUUGUCUGUAGUGUUCUAAUGUAGCACAAAUCCUAUGUAAAAUCAUACUAUGUAUUUUUGACAUUAACGUUGAAAUCUGAAAUAUAUGCACAAGUCUUUAAUUUUGUGUGAUGUGUUUUAAGUGCUAUUCAUUUAAGUUAUUGAAAAUGAGAAUGAAAUGUUGAGCUUCUUUAAAA